CAGUGCUAGUGCAGACGAGGCAUCGAGUCUGAAAAUUUUCAACAAAUUGCUCGGUGGGGGAGAGGCUGGCUGGCGUGUGUUGCGUUGCCAAUUCAACUCGAAACCGCGGCAAACCCAACAAAUAUGCGAUUGGCUGAAAUGUGAAUGGCUUUUUCCCAUUGGAAGGAUUUGGGUUUGGCGCCAUGGGUGUACGAGGUAGAGUACGUACAUUUGACGUACAUGCUCUAGUUUGUUGGAUGCUGUUUAAUUUGAAGCGGUGCCCUCAACCCAAACCCGAAUUUAAAUUCCAAGCACCCAAGACCCAAGGAACAGGCGCACCGACGGAAACCAAGAUUCCUGACUGCCGAUAGAAAAAUCAGUUUUUGCGAUGGACAUCAACUUGGCCAUUGAAUUAGGUGCUAAACUGCACAAGGAGAUUUUGAGCAGUCCUUGCAAGGACAAAUUAGAACUGGAGAAUUUAGUCGCCGUCGACAAUGAGAUUUACUCAACUUCAGUUUUGCCUGCUAAUAAUUUAAUCGUCCCAUUAACAAACUUUGCCCAGUUUAAUAAUUAUUCUCAUCUGAAACGUCCAAUUACUUCAAGCCCAGUGCUUCCUUCUGCUCCUGCAGCGCCAAAAAUCAGCAGAGUUAGUACUUCUUUCUCCAUGAAGAAAGAAAAUUUGAUCUCCAUCAUUCCCUCUGUCAUUCCUUUGCGUCUUGUGAGAAACACAAAGACUGAAUAUCUAGCCAAAACCAAAAUCCAGAACUUGGAUGAAGAUCCAGUGAAUAUCGAAUUCUGGCAGUCAGGUCUUCCCGGAGUUAUUCACCUCCUUCCUAACAGCUGCCCCCUAAAGCCGCAAGAAAUUCAGAAAUUCAAAAUGAUCUUCCUGGUUGGUGAAAAUUUGGAAAAUUCAUAUUUUGAAUUAUGUCUGCUGCAGAAACUUGUUGAACCUGGGCUUGUGAGAGUUUACGUCAUAGUUCAAGAAGAAAACAUGCAGUUGCAUUGUGAUCCUCUAGUUUGGCUUCCCAACUUCACCAUAGAUGUUCUUUUGAAGGGAACAGUUAACAACCAUAGAAUUAGUGGCCUUGCUAAUACAAAGUUUUCCGAGUGGAGGGAAAAGUUAGCCCAGAAGGUUGGUACAAAUGCUGAAUGGCAACUGCAUUGGAAUGGAAAAGAGUUGAAUGAUGAAGACUGCCCUCUCUGGUUGGGAAUGAAAGACAUGAGCUAUGUCGAUGCUUUGAAAAUGAAAACCACCAAAAUUCUGGCUUCCUAACCCAAAUCUUGGUUAUGAUUUUUCAGAAGGCAAUAGCCUCGGUGCAGCCUUUUACCUCAAACAACAUUGCCAACCUCUCCUUUUCACAGCACAUCUUCGUCUCAAGCCAACACAUCUACUACCACUAAACAACGCAACAAGUACCUUAUUGUACCUGUGAAUGAUCAGUAGAUGGCCAUAAAAAAUCAGACACAUCAGUAUGGACUGAAGACAUAAAAUCAUUCCCGAGACUAUGGCAUAGAAAUUUUAAAUUUAAUAUUUUAUGAUAAACAAAUAAAUUUGGCAAGAGAAAAAAAGUAAAAUUUUUACCAACAUUUUUACCUAGAAGUCCUCCCACCACCACCACAGAGCGCAAUCUGUUGGUCUUCCUUGAAAUGCAUAGGGGAUGCAGCUGCAAUUGUUGCACUAAUUCUUAACCUAGCUGUACUCUAUAGGGCCGACGCAUAGAUUAUUGGACUUUGAAAAAUUCGAAAGAUCCACAGAACAAAAAUAAAGCAGCUGCUACAAAGUGCAUUUAUGUCCCACUUGGCCUGCAAACUACUUUUCACUUUAAAGAGGAGCAGACUACUCUCAGUAUCUAUCACACUCCUUAACAGAGGAUACAGUCGUCACUCUGGUUGGCACCCUGAUCUGAAAAUGAUACCUAAAGUCACCCUCAACAACGGUUUAGAGAUCCCGAUCAUUGGUUUGGGAACUUGGAAGUCUCAGCCGGGGGUUGUGACUCAGGCAGUGAAAGAUGCCAUUGACGUAGGUUAUCGGCAUAUUGACUGCGCUCAUGUUUAUGGAAAUGAGAAGGAAGUUGGAGCCGGCAUUAAUGCCAAAAUCAAAGAGGGAGUUGUGCAGAGAAAAGACCUGUUCAUUACUAGCAAGCUGUGGGACUCUCAUCACCACCCUGACUUUGUUGUUGCCGCCUGCAUGAAUACCCUCAAAGACCUGGGUCUCGACUACCUGGAUCUGUACUUGAUGCACUACCCUAUUGCUUACAAGGCUGGAUUUGAAACUCAUCCCACUGAUGAGAAUGGCAAGCUGAUGUACAGCACCGACGACUACGUAGACACUUGGAAGGCAAUGGAAAAGUUAGUGGACAGAAAACUCGUACGCUCCAUCGGACUGUCCAAUUUCAACAGCAAGCAAAUCGAACGCGUCCUGGACGUUGCAACCAUCAAACCUGCUAUGCUUCAGAUUGAGUGUCACCCCUACUUGAACCAAAAGAAACUGAUUGCCUUUGGCAGGGAGCGUGGCAUGAGCAUCACCGCUUACUCUCCCCUCGGCUCAAAGGACAGACCCUGGGCCAAACCUGGUGAGCCGGUCCUGCUUGAAGACAAAAAACUACAUGAAAUGAGCACCAGAUUAAGCCGCACUCCUGCACAGAUUGUCCUGCGCUACCAGAUUCAACGUGGCAAUGUGGUCAUUCCAAAAUCUGUCCACAAAACUCGCAUCCUUGAAAACUUCGCCGUGUUCGACUUUGAACUGAGUCAGGAGGACAUGCAACUUUUGGACUCGUUCGACAAAAACACUCGUUUCUGCACCGAGCCUAGCUCCGUUGAUCACCCAGACUAUCCGUUCAACUUGGAAUUCUGAAAAUGAAGUUAAUAUACAAAGGAUUGUAAGUUUAUGACUUCUCAAUUUAUGUCGAAAAAAAUUCAUUUCAUUUUUUGUAGUGUCACUAUGAUAAUAAAAAGUGGUUGGUAAACUAAAUGUAAAAGACAAAAUCUAUCUAAAAAUUUG